AUGGCAAUUGGUCGAGCAGCCACAAGCAAGAAAAGAAGUAGCUCGUCUUCUUCAAGGAAGAAGAGAUCAUUGUUUGUUCAAGUAAUCAUGUCAAAGGCAAACAUAAAGAAGUUGGUUUCAAGUUGGACAGAUAGAUAUAAUGAGGAUGCAGAGGAAGCGACACUUGAGUUGGUAAACUUCAUGGUGGAGGCUGGCGGCGCAGAAGAAAUGACAAUGCAAGAGUAUAAGAGCUCUUUCAAGAAGGGCUCGGAAGAGGUGUGCGAGAGCGAGGACUCAAAGACAUAUCCUCUGGCCAACAAACGAUCAAAGACGACGCCAACAGCCUACUGCUCAUUCUUUGAGCAGGUGGUGGCCAAGUGCCAGACGUCCAUACUGUUUGAUGAGUACCUACUCGAGAUGAUCGUGCUAUGGUCCAAGGAGUUUGCCGAGGCCAGCAGUCGAGGCGUGCGCCACGCCACCGUUCUGGGCUGUGUGGCCAUCGUCGAAGCCGUGCUCAAGGUGUGCUCCGAGUUGAAGCGCGAGCUCAACCUCACCAGUCGACAGAUAUCAUCAGAGGGCAGUGUGGGCAAGAGUACAGAGCGCCUAAAGACACUCAAGGAGAACCAACUGCAGCUCACCAACAAACUCAAGCAUCUCGAGUCGUUGGUCAUUGGCAAGUUCUACGCCACGGUAUUCAAGACGCGCGUCAACGACAUUCAGCCCGAGAUCCGAGGCAUCAUCAUCGAGCAUCUCCCCGUCUGGAUUCUCGAGCACCCGUCACUCAUGCUCUCUGGCGACCUCCUCAAGCACAUCGGAUGGGGAUUGAAUGAUUGGGCCAACGAUGUUAGGAUGUCAGCAGUCAAGGGAUUGAUUCAAUUGUACAGCAAUGAGGACCACCUCACUCAGUUCGACGACUUGACUCAGGUGUUUGGAAACAGAAUCGUGGACAUUGCCAGUGCGGACAAGGUCGACAAGAUAUGCGCAGAGGCCAUCAAGUUGGUGGCUAUAAUGGCCAAGCACUCUUUGAUUGAGCAGGACAAGAUGGAGCGCGUGUUUGACAACUACAUGGUGGACAACCCAGUUAUCACGCACGCAGCGGGCGACCUGCUCUUCCAGGUGUUGAUCAAGCCACACGAUGAGAAGCUGGCGUCGCUGCCCAAAGGCGACAAGAAGGGCGCCAAGAAUGAAAUGAGACAGCAGCAGUUGGCAGCGGUGUUGGACUUUUUGGAUAGCAAGUCAAAGGCACCCGACGUGCCCUACUACCUCGUGCUGGCAAUGUGGGAGCAAGCCGAGCACUUCUUCACCGACUGGCCAUUCUUUGUCGGACUGCUCAACAGUCUCGAGGAGCAGGACUACACCGAGAAGCAGUUGAUAACCAUCACAAGAAUCAUCGCGGCCUCUGUCAAGAUAUCCUGUGGCCAGAAGAUACCCGUAUUUACCAUUGACGGUCAAAAGUUUGUUGGCCAAGACCCUCUCAAGCGCAACGCCGUCGAGCCCAAGUAUGAGGAUACAAUGAUUGAGAUCACAACCAACUUCCUUGGUGUCAUUCCAGAGUUGCUGUCACAGUACAAGUCGGUGAAUGAGCUGGCCAUCAAUCUGAUCGAGGUGGCCAGGUACUUUAAGAUGGAGACCUAUAUUACAUUGCGACAGCAGACCAAGUACGCAGACCUGUUGGAUGUGAUCAAUGAGGUGUUGAACCUGCAUCCCAAUGAACGACUUGUCGAGACCGUCGCUCUCACCCUCCUGCACCUGUCCCAAUGCCCAUCCCAACUCGAGUCUGCAUUCAAUCUCACCAUUCAACAGCUGUUCAGUGGACUGAUCACCUCAAUCAGGAACCUCAGCGAGCCAUCAGAGGACGCAGGCAAGGACAAGGCAGAAGAGGAGGACCCAGACUCACAAGCCAAGGCAAUAGCUACGGCAACAAGCAACGAGAAGCUCUACACAUUACACUCACAACUGGUCAAGCUGCGCUUCAUUGGCAGCCAGAUCAAUUGUGAGGAUCCUGAUCUACACCUCCUGCUACUGCCGCUGAUGGAUGGAAUGGUUGGCAAUGCUCUCAUUCAGAACUCAGAUUACAGGGAGAAGAUCAUCAUGACCGCCACCAUGUGUCAAUCGCAGAUGAUCAUGUGGGAGGUGACCAACAUGGAGCCUGACGUAGCCGCACAGGCCCCAAUAUCCAAGGCCAGCACCCCGCUCUACUUCAUGUUCUACCAGUUUGUACAUAGAAUGAAUUUGAUACUAGAGUCCAGUAAGGCCACCAACAGUCUGAAGCACUUUGCAUAUGUAACACUUACAGAGGUGUUGUUAUUCUUUAAUCCAUUGCUGGAGAAGUCUGUAGCAGGCAUCCUCUCAUUGCACGUACCCAAGUCCUACAAGUUACUUGAGAGCAAGUCUAGGGUGUUGUUUGAAAUUGAGAAUGAUCAUGUCUUUGAUGCCAUUAGAGCCAGAGCGGAGGAUGAGGAUGAGGAAUUGAACAACGAGGAGACAAGGAGCAGCAACAUGAAGAAGAAGACUGGCAAGAGUAGUAGGUUGAAGAAAGGAAAGAAGAAGCAAAGAAUACAGACAGAGUCAGAGGAUGACGGUGAUGAUGAGGAGCAGGAGGAGGAGGGAGAGGGAGCCGAGGAUGAGGAACAUGACAAGUCAGAAGCAACGUCUGCAUCCGACAAGGAGACAGCAAAGAAGAAGUACAAGUUCAAUGUGGAGAAGGACACCUUGCAGUUGGACAGCGCAACUCAGUUGCGCAUCGAACAACUACUCAUCACGACAAUCCAGGCCAUCGAGACACGAAUCAUUCCACAAAACAUGAUUGGUGUGGUGCUGAAGCAAGUGGCUCUCUCGCCUGGACCAAGAUCGCUGGCCAUCAUCAAGGAGUACGUCGCUGUACUGAGGUCCAGAGUGACAGAGAUCAAACAAGAGGCCGCAAUCAUCUCAAUGAUCAUCAAAGAGUUCUUCCACCUGUGCGACUCAAUCGAGGAUGACAAAGAGCUCAAAGAGCAUAUGUAUGGACGUCUGCGAGGUCUCAUCGAUUGGAUGUGCACCGAGUUCAUGAGGAAAGACUCACUUGGACAGGUGUUUGAGAGUGGACUUAAGUACUUCUUUGGCAAUGACCACACCAGCCCUGACCAUCCACAGUUCCUUAGAUGUGUCAGCUUCCUUAUCCCCAAGCUCACUCAUGAGCAAGCUGUAGAAAUAAUGAAGAGGAAAGAGAUCUAUGACGAAAACGACGAGGAUUUCAAGUCAUUGAACAAUGUAUACAAGAUGGUGGAAAUGAUUUCAAACAGCAAGAAGAAGAGUCUGAAACGAAAGGGCAAGCGAACUGAUGAAGAUGGAGAUAGUGACGAGUCGAGUGAUCAGCGAGUUGAUGACGAUGAUGAGGACCCCAUCGAAGACGACUAUGACGAGGAGGAAGAGUUUGAGCUGUCGCAACAGACCAACACCUCCACUCCCAAGAAGAAGCAAAGGAGAUGA